AUGGCGGCGGCAUUUGUACGAGCCGCAGGCACGCACUCCGCCAAAAGACUUUGCCUUCGACCUAGCUUUAAGCCCAUUUCAAGACAAUCGCCGCUCCUCUCCCGCACCAUUGCUACGAGUCCCCGUCGAAAUGCUACUGCAGAACCCUUUGAUGCCGAGGCGCCGGUAGCCCCCCUAGGCACGACUCUCAGUCCGACCGACGCUUCCUUCGGCAAGCAGCUAGUUGUGGACUCGGAUAUGGGCGAAGAGUAUCAACCAAGGAAGAUUCGCCACUACACAGUCAACUUUGGGCCUCAGCAUCCCGCCGCACACGGUGUGCUGCGUCUCAUUCUCGAACUGAAUGGAGAAGAAAUCAUCCGAGCAGAUCCUCACGUCGGACUGCUACAUCGCGGCACAGAAAAACUGAUCGAGUACAAGACAUAUCUGCAGGCACUGCCGUACUUCGAUCGAUUCGACUACGUUUCAAUGAUGACCAAUGAGCAAGUCUUCUCUCUUGCAGUCGAGAAGCUCCUCAACAUUGAAAUCCCUGAAAGAGCAAAGUAUAUUCGGACAUUGUUUGGGGAAAUCACCAGAAUCCUCAACCACUUGAUGUCGAUCCUUUCCCACGCCAUGGAUGUGGGUGCUCUGACUCCGUUCUUGUGGGGUUUUGAGGAACGAGAGAAACUGAUGGAAUUCUACGAACGCGUUUCCGGUGCACGCCUUCAUGCCGCAUACGUUCGUCCUGGCGGCGUCAAGGCCGACUUGCCUCUUGGUCUUCUGGAUGACAUAUACGCUUGGGCAACUCAAUUCGGAGAUCGUAUUGACGAAACGGAGGAACUUCUCACCGACAACAGAAUCUGGAUCGGUAGAACUAAAGGUGUUGGCGUUGUUUCCGCUGCCGAAGCGCUCAACUAUUCAUUCUCCGGUGUCAUGCUUCGGGGCUCAGGCGUUCCCUGGGAUAUUCGGAAAAGCCAGCCCUAUGAUGCAUAUGACAAGAUCGAGUUUGACGUCCCGGUCGGUCAAAAUGGUGAUUGCUACGAUCGCUACCUCUGCCGCAUGGAGGAGUUCCGACAGUCUCUACGAAUUAUCCACCAGUGCUUGGACAAGAUGCCACCUGGCCCUGUCAAGGUCGAAGACUACAAGAUUUCACCACCGCCUCGAGCAGCAAUGAAGGAGAACAUGGAAGCACUAAUUCACCAUUUCUUGCUCUUCACCAAGGGGUACACUGUGCCACCCGGUGACACUUACACUGCGAUCGAAGCUCCUAAGGGAGAAAUGGGCGUCUAUCUUGUCAGUGACGGAAGUGAACGGCCGUACCGAUGCAAAGUUCGAGCCCCUGGCUUCGCCCAUCUGGGCUGUUUCGAUCAGAUCAGCCGUGGACACCUCCUUGCUGAUGCCGUUGCCAUAAUUGGCACAAUGGACCUUGUGUUCGGUGAGGUAGACCGUUGA